CAGAAGACGGCCGCGCGACGAGCAAGUGUUUUCUCGCAAAGCAGUGCUUGAGAGGUGAUUUCCUGUGUGCGGGGCAAUUUAUGAUGUGUCUCACUAGAGUAGCGGUAGAGAAGAAUCAGCAACAAAAUUAGUGCCCCACAUAAUUCCGUGACUAAGCAAGAAAAGUUAACUCUAAAUCAGUAGUGAUACCGAAGCAAAUGUGAAACUACCAUUGGAUAUGUAUGAAGAAAAGAAAAUUUGAUGUACGGCGCGAUGCAGUUGCAUUUGAAGCACAGUGGCAAAUGCUCGUGUUAACAAACAGGCAAAUUUUGAAAAGUGAUCUGUAAAGUGUUGAAAACUUCUCACGCGGUUGGAACAAUGAAUCUUCGUUGCCAAUUACGGCUCUGAGUACCGAAAAGUGCGCCGGCUAGAGCAAAACUUUUCGGCUUUUGUGCACCAUUACAAAGCAGAAAAUGACGAAAUUCAAGCAAACGACGAAAAGUGAAACUUGUGCAGCACAAUGUUAGCAGUAGAUUGUCUGGUCGGUGGAUUACUACUCAGUUCGAUAGGUGUGAAUAUCCUAGCACUCGGUGCUUUCUGGGUCACUCCAAGCCUUCGGACAACGGCCAAUCGGUUCGUGAUUAACUUGCUGAUUGUGAACUUGGUAUGUUGUAUAAUUCUUGGGCCAUCGCUACUGCUGAAUGCAUUUACAUCGAAAUCAGCGCCGGUUUCACCGUCGACGGUGGUGGUACUGGCCGCGACCACCGUGUCGUCCUCCGUUACAACUGCAACGGCGUCGACCUCCAGAAAUGGUACGAUUGCAGUAGCUGGAAUUCCAUCAGCGUUGUUGGUGAACACAACGGCUAGUGAAGACGAUAGUGUACAUAACAGAACCGGUAGAAUAGUUAAAUGCCGGAACACCACCACUAUUGAAUGUGAUACUAUAUUGAUAAGCGAUAAUGUAAAUAUAGAAGAAGGACAGACGGCAGCAAAUUCGAAUCAUGGAAAAGUGAUUGAUUCCAAAUUGACACUGACGAAGAUAAGAUGCUGGGGGCUCGAUUUGGUAGUUGCCCUCGGUGCUUUUUCGGUGCUACUGGUGGUGGGCGAUACUUGGUGUGCUGUUACCGAUCCCCUGCGGUACCAUUCUCGAAUCUCUGAGCUGAAAGCUUGGGCAUUUAUUGCAGCAACGUGGCUGCUCGGAAUCGCCUUUGGAAUCGCUUCCGGUUUUCGAGGUGACCAGAAAAACAUCACCUUGUUCAACAGUCGACUGACGAGUAGUGGAGCGAUUGGGGCCAAUUUUGAAGCUAGUCAUUUGAAUAAAAGUGUAACGGGUGCGUACCAGCGUGAUGUUAGCUCACUGAAUCCUCUCAACAUUUCCGAGGAUUUGUAUAAUACUAUUUUUUCCUACACGUAUUUUAUGAUUGUGAUUCUACUGCCGUUCGCUCUCGUGUGCGGUAUGUAUUGGAGGAUAUUUUCGGAAGCUCGAGAAAGCGGUCAGCGAAUGCGGCAAAAUGGUUCGUCGCCGCUAAUCCAGAGUGCACUGAAUCUAGCAGCCAUUUCGGCACAAAAACAAGCGGAAAAACAAGCCGAGCUACAACGCCAGCAGCUCGACCGUGAUGGGUGUGACAUGUUGACGAUGAAAAUCGAUAAACAGAUACACUACGAAGAUGAAACUAUAACUGUAAAUAGUAUUCAGCAUAGCAGUAGCACCAAAUUGAAAGAUUCUUGUCUGAAGCCCUUAUUACAGCAGUCACCAACGCCGACGCCAACUCACAAACCCUUACAACAGCCCCCCUCGGAAGACAAACAGACAAUAGUACAAAUGACAAAUAGUUCCACCGCUGCGUCUCUUUCCGCACCUGUUAAUAAUAGACUUAAAACAUCUUUAAAAUCGGACAGAAAUCAUAACAUCAUGCUGGCAGCGUCAGAGAUUGACAGUUUGGCGUUCAAUAAGGAUGUAACUGGAAAAAUUCGUCGAAAUCAUAGUGCAGGGCGAUUGGUAAGCUUCAGUGAUGACUACCACGACGUUCGCGUCGGAUUGCGGCAAGUGCACUCGACACCUAACUUCCAAAAGUUAGUAUCGUCUGAGUUCGAUCACAUCGGGAAUCAUCACAUACUGUCCCUACCCGCAGUGCAUGUACCUCCGAAGGCACUGAGCUACAUGACAUCCAUCAGACAUAGGCUAUCGAAUGCAUCUUCGCUCUUUAAAUACCGCGAGGAAUCACGUGCAGCUAGAAUCAGCAUUCUGGUGAUAAUUAUGUUUCUCGUUUCUUACUUGCCCUACGGGAUUCUGGUGCUAAUGCAGGGUCACGUGGAUCUAUUCCUGGUAUCCGAUCAAGCCCUGCUGGCAAUACUGACUGUGGUUAUUGCUAAUUUGAGCUCUCCGUUCAUUUUUGCUUACCGAAACAAACGAGUGCGCCGAGGAGUGAGACGUCUGCUCGGUAUCGAUAAGAAAACCAACGAGCGACUGCUGAAGCUCACCACCAGCAACACCCACUUCAACAACAACAACAACUACAACGCCAACAUCAGCUUUCACAACGCAAUCAACGGGGGCAGCGGAAGUGCUUCCAACGGUCACAUUGUGACCUCCCACCAGAAGUCCCACAAGGUGCGCAUCGCUGGACUCUCGCGAAGCAAUAGUUCGUGUAAGUAUCUUACGCCCAACCAUGCGGCUGCGGUGGCCGUUGCCAACGGGUUCAUUGUGGAGUUCGAGCGGUACCCCUCGGAUGAGCUCAACAGUCUGUGCAUCCAGAAGAAAUCGAUCCUGAAACGAGUCUGUGAUAGUUCGCGAAAAUGGGGCUGCAACUUUGCCACCAAUUCCUGCACCAGCAGCGACGAACAAACGGAAGUGUAGCUAUGAUCUGUUACUUUUUUUAAGCCUUAAAUAGUUUUCCGCUCCCCAGAGAUGGGCACAGCUUAGCCGGGUCUGCCAGCGAGGUGAAGAUGUUUAAUUACCGGUUAGAUUAUUAAUGCCUAAAAAUUUUAAAGAACCAUUUUGCAAAAAAAAAAUGGUGCUAGCUUUAAAUUCGUUGCUAAUCUGAUUUACAUAAAAACAAUAGCUAUUAUUUGUACCGUUUGUGUUCUUUCGCAUUGGAAAAGGUUUCUCAAAGAUAUAAGGUUUAUCAUUUAAUCAUACUUUACCGUGGAACUAGUUUUAGCUUAAAUUUUUUUGCUGAUUUCCAUCCUUUUCAUCCAUUUCCGCUGAUUCAUCUAUUAGCGUUUUAUUCAAGAGAACGCUGACAGAUCUGAAUCCGCUUACAAAAUGAUAAGCUUCACCGUGCCUCCAAUAUUUAGAAUCUCAGAUCAGGAGACUGGCCGUCGAUUGACCGCCGGACAGGCGGACUAGAGAAAAAAGGUGCGAUAAAAAUUUUCCCGUUUAGGACUGAAUAAAUCGCACGAAAUAAAAAUAAAUUCUCCCGAGCUUGUUUGCGGGAACCAUCUGGCGGUCAAGACAGGCAUAUUUAUGUGUUUAACUGAUUGCGCUGGCCGUUUUGUUGAUUAGCGGGGGCUCUCCAGGCGGAUCAGCUCUAUACAGACGGGCCACGUGUAGCACAUUUGUUUGUAAACCGACUAUCCUCGUUUGGUCUAUUUUCAAUUCCGAACCUGCGUGAAUGUACCGACAAGCACUCUUCAAAGGAGUGACAAAGUGCUGCCUUGUGUUAUACUUUAUUGUUUCGGUUUACAUUGCAGCUCUGCCUUAUAGUAGUAGAUAGUACCGGUUAUGCUAAUAGGAAGAGGUGGCGUACUGAAACAAGUACUACGGGACGGUUGAUCUCGUUGCAGGUUAUUUUUUCCUUUUGUCGAGCUUGCAUAUUUUUCUUGGCUGCACGUACUCGCAGAUAUACAUGCUAGGUUGGCUAAAAAUACAAUUCUAGACUGAAGCAAAAUGCAACCUUGCGCAAAAAGCAGAAGAAUGCCGGCCAAAUUUCUGGUAGCCAGAGCCCGAGAGCAGUGAAAUUCCUUCCAGGGCCUCUGCUGUCUGAAGUUGUUUCGCUCGUAGAUACAUUCUAUAUAGAAGUACGGAGAGACGUAGCAGACAUAAGCUCUGCACAGAUGAAAUCCCACGGAUUUUUGCAUCGUUGUUACAGUAACCUACGGCAAAACUUCAUACAGCCAGUAGACUCGACUCGACAGCUGAAACCCAUUUUGCAUGACGUAAGGCAAAUUAUUAAAAUUCUUCUAAUAGUAACAAGGUGGUAUUGGGUUGUCAUUUGCCAUUUGAGGCCCUUUGUUAUUAAGAAUCCUGCAGUUGGCAUUCUUGUUUUCUUUUCAAGCUUUGGACACCAUCCAGAUAUAGAAAUUAUGAUAUUGAAAAUUUCGUUCUAGAUUUCAAAGUAAAAUUAAUCAACAAGGUUUAAUUUAUUUGACACGAUAUAAAUAAUCCCAAAAAGAUUGGUUAAUGACCCCUGAGUAAAUGAAUUUCGAUACCUAUCGUAAACUAGAGGUUCAACAGCUGUUCGAUAAAUUCCACCGACGUCGCUUGCUGCAAACCUUGGUCAGACCAAACGCGGAUAGUGCAAACGGAUUCUCCGAAUCAGCAAACCGCUCACGUUCGGCGCGCAAAGUUGCAAAGAUAAAACCCACCGUUAGACCGCCUGUUCGCAAACUGGUUUCAGCAUGAUCUUUCACGGUCGCCAACAUUCAUAUGGCCUCUUGAAAUGUCUUUUUCACUCGCAGAACGCAAUAAGGAUCUGUAAGAGUAUUGCAUAAUAAUGAUUAGAUUUUUUAUGUAAUGCUUUCAAUAGAAAUAAAAAGCCUCUGUAAAUAAAAUUGAAGACGUAUAGCUAUUGUAAUAACAGGAUGACACAAAACUUGACUGUAACUUCACCUCGUUGGUAGGCAAGACAUAACCGGAAUGCUACCCAUAAACAAUAAUUAACGAAAUCUAGCCCAUCACUACUCGAUAGCCAAUUUCGUACAAUGCGGAAGACCAAUUUUCGGCAAGGCCCCAGCAGCGGCCACAUCACUGUAGGUUCUAGUUGCCAAAAUUUAUCGUUCACAAUUACCGUUCAAUUAAAAGAAAAACGAUAUGAAUAUCAACAUUCAGUUUCUAAGGCCUAUAAGGUAACAAUAAAUGUUUAGUGAUAGAAAUUUCAAAUUGAAAACAAACAAGAACAAAUCUGAAAGCACAUUUCCUAGAAACGCGCUAAACUGUCUGAAAAGCUUUAACACUAUCAUGUUUCGAGAAAACUGACUGACAACAGUUUACUAUGAAAGUAAUCUACUAUUAAUUCAUAUUUUUAGUCAAAAUUAUUUGUAAACAACAUGAACAUGUUAGAAAUGGUGCUUGAAUGUUUGCAUUUAGAUUUAGCUUCAGAUACACCGGAAUAAAACUAACUGAAUGUAUAUUUAAACCAUAUAGAAAGUAUUCAUCAGAACUCGGUGUAUUUACCUACAACAGUAAAUAUUUACAAUAAAUUAAAUAACGUAAAUGAAACUAAAAUAACUAUAAGGAAACGCAGGGUGUUUAGAUAAGUACUACCUAGACGCAGUAUACGGCAUGAAAACACGAUGGAAGCCGAAAAAGCAUAAACAGAAAGCAUAUUAGACUAUCUAGCGAUCUAAUUAUGUCAAACAUACAUCUAGAAACGCACAGGCAAAACUGGAAGAACAGCUUCGGAUAACACAAAGCGCAAAUGCCAUAGAAUCACCAAUCAGAGUAGGUUCGAUAUCAAUGUUUAACCACACAAGCACAAGAAAAUCAAAAAGAAAACAGUUGAAAGUGGUUUCCACUGAAUGACAAAGAAAAACCCAAGCCAGUUGGAUUCUGAUUCCAUCGUAAACAUGGUGCCAUUUGCAAGGAGCUUUCCUCCGGAAACAUUUGAGUUUUGUCUUGCAGCUGCAAUUAUUGUUAUCCAGUGGGCACUUUGCAGCCACUUGCCAUUACAGCAACACGUCUCUCUAGUAGCAAAAACAAAAAAUGAUAUGAACUAAAUCGUAAGCCAUUGUAAAUAUCGAUCAUAGACCCCGAACAAAUCCCGAUUUAAUUUAUUUUUUUAAACGAACAAGUUUCUUAGUUAGAAUUAUGUACAUAUAAAAGCGUAACGUAAUAGUUUCCACAAAAACUCAUUUAUGAAGCAUAAACAAUGACACUUUUAUCCAAAAAAUAAAGAAGAAAUCUAUUGGAAACCUGAAUGGAAUGAAAACGGAAACUUGAUGCAAGUUGAGUAGUUUUAUGCUCGCAAACUAAUUUACUGAAAUUCAAAUAAAGAAUUCAAACAAAUUUAUG